AUGACCAAGAUGGAAAGCGCACAACAAACUGGAGCGGAAAAUUCGGCGCGGACGAAGAUUGGGAACGCAAUCAAUUCAGUAGGUCCUGUCGCUUUCGGUAUUGGGCAGAAAAUCUCUUGGCUACAAGAAUAUCCUGGAACAAUAGCAUUUAGAGCAAUGGUGAAGAACAGCUUUGAUGCGUAUGGGGAAGCCAGCCAGGAGGGGCGGGAUGAAAUCGUUCGAGGGAUUGUGAAUCAAUUUCCGCCCGAUGUUACGAUUGAGAAGAACGAGGCGUUGAGAAAAGAGAAGCAAGAUGCAGAGAAUAUUCCUACUUUGUCCGAGUCUGGCAUUACGAAUCUUAGCCAAUAG